GAGAGAGAGAGAGAGAGAGAGAGAGAGAGAGAGAGAGAGAGAGAAGUGGUUUUGGGCCACAUGGCUUGGUUGUCAGUGAGAGUGUGUACUGCAACAGACAGACACACAGAGAGCCAAAGUGUGGUCGUGGACCUAAGGACUUCAAACUUGACCAUCGGAAGACAAACAAGGUGACUGGACCGGAUUAUAUUGGAUCAUUACAUGAUAUUACAUACUGGGAUUAUGACAAAAUGACGAUAACCCAGAGGUAACUCACAGAUGAGAAUCUAUACUGUACAGUUCCGUCCAAGAGAAGAACAGCUCUGACAGAGACUGAAAGAGUCCUCAAAAGAGGAACAGGUUGGCCGGCUCUUUUGAAUUCAGCAGUUGGAUGUAAAUAUUGGAUUUUAUGAAUGUCCAGUAUUCAAAGACUCAAGAAAUACAUGUAUUAUGUGUCAAUUUUCUAAGGAUUCAAAUAUGUAUCAGAGGACUGAAGAAAUAUAUAUAUAAAGGACACGAGAAAUAUAUGGACUCAAGAAGAUAUUCUGACUACACAAGAGUGUGUCCUUUUGAUGUGUCUGAACAGUGGAUCAGUCCGAGCUUCUCUACACACAUGUGAUCCAGAGAGCGUUUCACCCACGAGGGACGGCUGCGUUCUGACCUGUUUUCUUUGUGACAUACCGUGAGUCGCCGACACAUAAAUAGAGACCCAGAAAAUACCCAGAGUCCCUAGCGUCCCGGCAGAAACAGCAGAGCGAGAAGCAACCACGCACACUCACGCACAAACACACCUGGUUCAUGAGGUCGAUACAUUCAAGACUUGCUUUGUGUCGUCACGUUUUCCACUUCAUCCUACUCCAGUAUAGGACAGACACCCCCCUUAACCCACAAACUCUCCCCUCUGACCUCUAACCCUUGACCUCUGACCCCUGAUCUCUGAACCCUGACUCCUGACUAUGAGCCCUCAGGGGGGUCAGUACCUCAACAAGGCAGCGGUCUUCUCCUCGCUUGGCGCCGCCCGCCUCUCCCAGCUGGCCCUGGGCUGCUCAGUGGUCGCCAUGGUGAGCCACAGUGCGGGCUACAGCGGCGGGUCGUACGGCGUGUUCUGCAUGGCGGUGUGGUGCGCGUGCUUCGGCAUGACGACGGUGGUAUUCUUCCUGGACGCCACCCGUCUCCACGCCUGUCUGCCCGUCUCCUGGGAUAACCUGACGGUGGCAUUCGCCGCCCUGGCGACCCUCAUGUAUGUGACAGCCUCGGUGGUUUACCCAGUCUACUUUGUCAGAGCAGAGUGCCCCUACGGAGGCUGUGAGGUCCGGAACUUCCGCAUCGCCGUCACUGUCUGCUCCAUCGCCGGCUCCCUGGCCUACGGCGCCGAGGUGAUCCUCUCGCGGGCCAAACCAGGCCGGGUCGUGGGCUACAUGGCAACCGUCUCCGGCCUCCUCAAGGUCGUCCAGGGCUUUGUGGCGUGCAUUAUCUUCGGAGCGCUGGCGAACGGGACCGAGUAUUCUCGUCACGUAGCGACGAUUUACUGCGUGGUCGUCUACGCCGUCUGCUUCGCCAUGACGACCGUCGUGGUUAUAUUGACCGUGUCCGGUCGCACCGGGUGUUUGAAGUUACCGUUCGACCGGUUUGUUGUGGUUUACACGCUCUUGGCGGUUCUUCUCUACCUCAGCGCCUCCGUCGUCUGGCCCGUGUUCUGCUUCGACAGGAAGUACGGAUCGCCAGAGCGCCCGUCGUCAUGCCCGCGGGGCCGGUGUCCGUGGGAUAGUAAGGUGGUCGUUGCAGUGUUUAGCUUCGUCAACCUGGCGCUGUAUGUCGCCGACCUGGUUUACUCACAACGGAUACGUUUCGUAACCCAGCAACCACGGGUGUAGAGCAGAAUGGGAUACAACGUUAUUGUACAGCCAGUAGUGAACAUUCACACAAAGACAAUAUGCUUCGUCUUCCACCACCAACCACUGGUGAGGUGUAGAAUAGGAGGAGGAGUAACUACUGAGUCAGAGAGAAAGGGGCGUCGACUAUUCAUCAAUCAAUCAAAUGUAUUUAUAAAGCCAUUUUUACAUCAGCAGAUGUCACAAAGUGCUUGUACAGAAACCCAGCC